AUGGGGUACCGAGCAAGGCCCCGGCUCCAGCAAGGCCCCAGCGCCAGCAAGGCCCCAGAACCCAGCAAGGCCCCAGCAAGGCCCCGCCCCAGCAAGGCUCCAGCAAGGCCCCGCCCCAGCAAGGCUCCAGCAAGGCCCCGCCCCAGCAAGGCCCCGCCCCAGCAAGGCUCCAGCAAGGCCCCGCCCCAGCAAGGCUCCAGCAAGGCCCCGCCCCAGCAAGGCCCAGCAAGGCCCCGCCCCAGCAAGGCCCCGCCCCAGCAAGGCUCCGCCCCAGCAAGGCUCCAGCAAGGCCCCAGCAAGGCUCCAGCAAGGCCCCAGCAAGGCUCCAGCAAGGCCCCAGCCCCAGCAAGGCCCCAGCAAGGCUCCAGCAAGGCCCCAGCCCCAGCAAGGCUCCAGCAAGGCCCCAGCCCCAGCAAGGCUCCAGCAAGGCCCCAGCCCCAGCAAGGCUCCAGCAAGGCCCCAGCCCCAGCAAGGCUCCAGCAAGGCCCCGCCCCAGCAAGGCUCCAGCAAGGCCCCAGCCCCAGCAAGGCUCCAGCAAGGCCCCAGCCCCAGCAAGGCUCCAGCAAGGCCCCAGCCCCAGCAAGGCUCCAGCAAGGCCCCAGCCCCAGCAAGGCUCCAGCAAGGCCCCGCCCCAGCAAGGCUCCAGCAAGGCCCCGCCCCAGCAAGGCCCCGCCCCAGCAAGGCCCUGCCCCAGCAAGGCCCCGCCCCAGCAAAGCCCCGCCCCAGCAAAGCUCCAGCAAGUCCCCGCCCCAGCAAGGCUCCAGCAAGGCCCCGCCCCAGCAAGGCUCCAGCAAGGCUCCAGCAAGGCCCCGCCCCAGCAAGGCCCCGCCCCAGCAAAGCCCCGCCCCAGCAAAGCUCCAGCAAGGCCCCGCCCCAGCAAGGCUCCAGCAAGGCCCCGCCCCAGCAAGGCUCCAGCAAGGCUCCAGCAAGGCCCCAGCAAGGCUCCAGCAAGGCCCCAGCAAGGCUCCAGCAAGGCCCCAGCUCCAGCAAGGCCCCAGCCCCAGCAAGGCUCCAGCAAGGCCCCAGCCCCAGCAAGGCUCCAGCAAGGCCCCAGCCCCAGCAAGGCUCCAGCAAGGCCCCAGCCGCAGCACAUCCAUGCCCAUGACCAUAUCAAGCAAGGCCAUGCAAAUUGAUUAA